CUUUUCAUUUACUUCAUUGAAUGUACCUUAACCAUUGUGGGUUGACUGCACAUCAAAGAGUGAACUUCUAAAACUAGUAAAUCUGAACCCUGUGCUUUUUAAAAGUCAUUAGAAUCUAGUCCUGAUUAUAGACAAUCCUCAGAAUGAACAGCCUGAGUCCAGACUGUACAGGACUGAAGCAAGCGUACGAUGCAUGCUUUAAUUCAUGGUUCAGUGAAAAGUUCCUGAAAGGAGACUCAACAGACGCUUGUGGGGAUCUCUUCAAGAAAUACCAGGAGUGUGUCAAGGAAGCCAUCCUGGAAAAAGGCAUCGAUAUAGAUGAGGUCGAGAGGGUCGUCAUAGGAACUGAAUCUGAGAAGCAACCCCCUCCGCACUGAUGAAUGCCGAUGGUACAUUAGUUGCUAAGACCUGGGGGGCAUUUCACAAAACUUGUCAUCAGUGACAAAUGACAGUUUUUGUUAUAGGCUGCUGAAAUCCUUGCUUCUGAUUGGUUAUCAGCAGAUUUGUCACUGAGUUUUGUGAAACGGGGCCCCAGCAAUCAUGAACUUUGAGCUUCAGUUAAGAAUCACAGAGACAAGGAAAAUCAUGCAUGUGGGGUGGAUUUUCAUCCCAUGAACCUUAAGAUAUUGAGAAAAAUCACAAUGGUUUCCACAGUGUGUAUCAAAAUCACUGUGGUUUUAGUUAUAAGAAUGUUUUGUAGUGUUAGCAUAUGGGUCAUGGAAUUCAGGAUACAGGAGUAUUUAAUAGUGAAUUGAUAAGGAUGAUGAUGAUUAAGAUAAUAAUGAUGAGGCCUAAAAAAAAAAAGUUGUAUUGCCCUUUGCGACCAAACCAAAAAUCUUGAAAU